AUGAUAAACCUAAAGCUCUUAACUUUAUGGGUUUUAACUGUCCUCUGUUCUUCACACAUCUCCUCUGCUUCCGAUAGUUUCUUCAUCAACUGUGGGUCGCCGGAAAAUGCAACCCUCAACAACAGAACCUUCGUCUCCGACAGCAAUCUACCUACCGAAAUCGUCGAUUCAACGCAAGGAAUCUCUCUCGAAACCACCGAUUCGAAUUCCCUUCCUUCAGGCGACGAAUCGACUCUGUUCGAGACGGCGAGAGUCUUCUCCGACGAAUCAACUUACAAAUUCCCGAUCAAACAACACGGAUGGUUCUUAAUCCGCCUCUACUUCUUCCCCUUCGUCUCACCUUCUCGAGAUCUCACCGCAGCUAAGUUCUCCGUUUCCGCUCAGAACUUCACUCUGAUCAGAGACUACAAACCCUCGAAGACCUCUCUCGUCAAGGAAUACACUUUAAACAUCUCAACAGAUCAUCUCUCCCUCGAAUUUCGUCCCAAGAUCGACUCUUUCGCAUUCAUCAACGCCGUGGAAGUUUUCAAGCUCCCGGAGAAUCUCCUUCCCGAAGAAGCAGGACUCAUUGCUACACAGAAGAAUCUCAAGCUCAGGACUCACGCGAUUGAGACCGUCUCUCGGAUAAACAUGGGGAAUCUGAGCGUGACUCGAGAUCAAGACAAGCUAUGGAGGCGAUGGGAUUCUGAUUCCGCGUUUAUCGGAGAAGCCCAUUUCGGUAUGCCUGUGGAAAACCUCAAAGCUGUGAACUUUACCGCCGGCGGUGGUGGAAUAACGGAAGACGUUGCUCCGGUUUACGUCUACGGAACCGCGACGAGGUUGAAUUCAGAGAACAAUCCAAACACGAACGCGAAUCUAACUUGGAACUUCAGAAUCGAGCCUGGCUUCGAUUACUUUCUCCGGUUUCACUUCUGCAACAUCAUAGUCGAUCCGUUUGGGUUCGAGCGGCAGAUAAGUUUCGACAUUUAUGUGAACUCUGAGAGAGUUGAGACUGUUGACAUGACUGAGGUCGCGAA